AUGAGGUUCCACGACUUUAAGCCGGCGCUGUGUCCUGAGAUCCUGGCGGAGACCGAUGCGCUGGGAUUCGAGCACAUGACGCCCGUGCAGGCGGCCACACUGCCGCUGUUCCUGUCCAACAAGGACGUGUGUGUAGAUGCCUGCACAGGUAGUGGCAAGACGCUGUCCUUCGUGUUGCCCAUUGUGCAGCUCCUCAAGGCCAAGCUGGCAGACGGCAGUAUCACGGCACCACGUCAUGCCGAUCUCACGAAACUCGUGGCUAUGGUCAUAUCACCUACGCGUGAGCUGGCUCGCCAGAUCUUCGAGUGCGCCGAGAAGUUCUUCGCUCGUGCCUUGUCCACGGUGCAGCUGCUGCUGUUCGUAGGUGGCACCAGCGUGGACGAGGAUCUGUCGCUAAUCCGCGGGGCAGUAGGCAAGUGCUCGGUAGUUAUUGGCACUCCAGGCCGUACCGAGGACCUGUUGAAUCGCUGUGUAGGCUCCAGUGUCGAGACGCGCGAGUUCGAGAUACUCAUUUUGGACGAGGCUGAUACUUUGCUCGACAUGGGCUUCGAAGUGAGUCUCAACAAGAUCCUGGAACACCUACCCAAGCAGCGACGUACCGGGCUUUUCUCAGCUACGCAGACUCAAGAAGUGAAGGCGCUGGCACGCGCUGGACUGCGUAACCCGGCCACCAUCUCUGUACAGGUAGCGAACAACACGCAAAUUACACCAGCCACCCUACAGAACUACUAUUGUUUGGUAGGCCACGAUCAAAGACUGUCAGCACUGCACCACUUUGUGCAGGCUAAGAAGGGCGAAAAGCUCAUCGUCUUCUUCUCGACAUGUGGAUCCGUGGAUUUUUUCAGUCGUGUGUUGGAGGAGCUGUUUAAGGGUAAAAAUGACUUUCCAGUUGUGGCGCUGCACGGAAAGAUGCCGCAGAAGAAACGCACAACAAAUUACGAUCACUUUUCGGCCCUAAAGUCGGGGCUUUUAGUGUGUACGGACGUCGUGGCGCGUGGUAUCGAUCUACCUGAUGUGGACUGGAUCGUGCAGUAUGAUCCACCACAAGACCCGAACUUCUUCGUGCACCGUGUGGGUCGAACAGCUCGUGCUGGACGCUCCGGCUGCGCGCUUUCCUUCUUAUCUUCGAACGAAGAUGCGUACGUGAACUUCUUAAAGAUCCGUAAAGUUCCGUGCGAAGAAAUGACGCUCCCAUUGGACACGAUGGAGGAUGUUUUACCCAAGGUCAAGUCGUUUAUUCUGGAAGACCGCGAUCUGCUUGAGAAGGGCACCAAGGCCUUCAUGGCGUUUGUGCGGUCGUAUAAAGAGCACCAGUGUCAGUUCAUUUUCCGCUUCAAGGAACUCGACUUGGGUGCUGCUGCACGUGGCUUCUGUCUGCUGCAACUACCCAAGAUCAAUGAGCUACGCAACGUGCGUAUUGACUUUUCGAAGGCGGACAUCAAAACUACUGACAUUAAGUUUAAAGACAAGGCUCGUGAGAAGGAACGACAGAAGAAACUGGCAGUCAUUGCGAAGGAGAACGAGAUACGUGACAAGAAGAAUGCCGAGAUGCGCGAGAAAAAGCGCAAACGGCCGCUUGAAGAGGAGAGUCAGAAGCACCCGCGUCGUCGUGAGAAGAAGAAGGGCCUGCACCAGCAGAUUGUUGAGGAAUGGGACGAGUUAGCGGAGGAAGAAAAGCUCUACAAGAAGAUGAAGAAGGGAAAGAUCACAGAGGAGGAAUACGAGAAGGCUCUGUUAGGUAAAGCGGACAGCUCCGACGACGACGAUGACGACGAUGAGGAGGACGGUGACAAGAAGAAAAGGGCAAAGUGGCAACGUUCGGAAGAGAAGAUGAAGGAGCGCUUUAAAAAGAAGGAGCAGGUGGUGUCGAAGACGGCGGAGCAAAAACGUGAGGCUGCCAAGCGUGAGGAGCGUAUUCGCAAACGCAAGAAAUCUCAGCACGUUCAGCGCGCAGUGCAAAGAGCCCAGCGUCGAGGCCGGCGCUAG